AUGAUGACCAGGCUGUUACUGCGUCACAAAAGCCCCUUGAGGCUGCAAUCCGGGCUCUUCUCCACGGAAAUUCGCAAGCAAGUUGCUCCAAUGGUGAAGUUCCAGCAGAACGCUUAUUGCCCCGAGUGUGGAAAGCACGUCACCCAUGGUGAUGUGGAAAAGAUGCGUGAGGCUUGUUCACGAAUGUGGCGAAAGUUCAUGCGGUUGGACGACUCUCACUGCCCAUUGUUUCGCAUCUGCGAUGUGAAGAUUCGUGAGGGUGAGGUGAAGCGACCGGGCCUUUGGGAGAGGAUGCCGGUGAUCAAAGGCCCGCAGGCCGCAGGUUUGCUUCUUUGCUGCAGCUCUAGCUUCAGUUUUGGGGAAGCCGUGGUGGCAAGCCUGGACGAGUUUGUUGAGAAGGGCCAGCUGGAGUGCCUCAACGAAGACAAGGAGCACCCGGUGCUCAACAUUUUGGACCCCAGUCCGGACACGGCCCUCCGCUCGGACGAGAACACAGACCAUCAGCUCCUGCUCAAGGUGCAGUUCCGGGUGCCGGUGAAGCUCCAGAGCGUGCGGAUUCUGGGCUCUUCCGAGGACGGCACGGCACCACAGGCCGUGAAGCUCUUCCUGGACAAGGUGAACAUGGGCUUCGAAGAUGCAGACGAAGAAGCCGUGCAGGAGCUCACCCUAGGUCCUGAGAAUGUUGACGGCGGCGAGGCCUGUCAGCUUCGUUUCGUAAAGUUCCAAAAUGUGUCUAGCUUGCAGAUCUUCUUUCAGGAGAACUUCGGGGCCCCUGUGACGAGGGUGAGCCGCCUGGAGUUCCUGGGCCAGCCGGCCUCCAGCAUGGACAUGAAGGACUGGAAGCCGGUGAAGGGCUGA